GUGUAUGCUCUAAGAGCUUGGCCAAAGGGUUCUUUAGAGUAAAGGAGUAUUCACUUUCUUCCUUCCGCCAUUGUCAGUCCCCCAUUCGGCCGAAUUACAUUCAAUUUAAUCGAGCAAAUUCAACAACAUUCAUCAGUUUGAAAAAGCCCGGUUUCUAGUUGCUGUCUUUUUUUUUUUUUCCGGAAUGGAGAUCGAGGCUGAUGAAAAAGACAGGGGUCUCAUUCUGCUGAAGCAAGGUGCUGAAGCGAGAGUUUUUGAGUCAACCUUUGUUGGAAGAAGAUCGAUUGUAAAGGAGCGGUUUUCAAAGAAGUACAGGCAUCCAACACUGGACUCAAAACUUACACUGAAGCGCUUGAAUGCAGAAGCCCGGUGCAUGACUAAAGCGAGAAAGUUAGGAGUUGCAACUCCAGUUCUAUUUGCGGUGGACCCCACAUUGCAUACUUUAACAUUUGAGUAUGUUGAUGGCCCUAUGGUUAAGGAGCUAUUUCUCGAGUUUGGUGCUAAUGGAAUUGAUGAAGAACGUUUACAGGAUAUUGCAACACAGAUAGGGAACUCUAUUGCAAAACUACAUGAUGGUGGCCUUAUACAUGGAGACUUGACAACCUCAAAUAUGUUGAUUCAUAAGGAUACCAAUCAACUGGUGCUCAUUGACUUUGGCCUAAGCUUCACAUCUACUUUACCAGAAGACAAAGCAGUGGAUUUAUACGUACUUGAAAGGGCAUUGAUUUCUAUGCACUCUUCUUGUGGAAAUGUGAUGGAAAAAGUGCUUGCUGCAUACAGGAAAUCCUCAAAGCAGUGGUGCUCCACAACAAACAAGCUAGCUCAAGUUAGACAAAGGGGUAGAAAACGCAGCAUGGUUGGAUGAGCUGCAGAUAAAUCUUCAUAGAAUUGAUCAUGUAAUAUCUUCAUGGAUUGUUUCUCUUAUUUAUUGUAUCAAGCUUACUUGUAAACGUAAGCUUGUUCAGUAUUUAUACUCAAUCCACGAUUUUUUUUUUUAAUGUUCCAAUUUGUUAGGGUUAGUCUUGUAAUGUUGGCAAACUCAUUUUUGCAUCGUAUCAGAUUAUCAGUGAACCAUUCAAUGUCUUAUAAGAAAUUUUUUUUUUUUUUUUUUUUUG